AUGCUUGUCUUUUUGUAUAAUUUUAGUAACACAUUGGUUCACGAUCCGGUAAUUAAAGGAAAUCUUGCCACUCGUCCCAUUUCGAGGUCUUCAAAAAAGCAUCUCUCUUCAUUGUCAUUUUCUAAAGGAAUAUUAGAAGCUAGUGAGGAGGAUGAAGAUAAUCAAGUCGAAGAAAAUGUGCGACUUUCUUCACUUUCUAGUGUCAUGGAGGCCACUGGAAAUGGAUCUAAUGUCGAUGCAACACAUUUUAUCGUAAACGAUGGAAUUGUCAAUAAUUUUACAUUAUCGCAUAUACCUACCUACUCCAAUCAAAGCUCUCACUCUCAGAUUAUCCAGAUGCCUUCUGCUUCCAUUAGUCCUGAAUCUGGGAAUAUUGUCCAAGAUACCGAAUCUGAUUCUUUGAUAGUAACUGAAAAGCCAUCAACGACUGUCAGUGACUUUGCCCCACUGCAUGAUGAUAUCGAUAUUUCUGUCAACUCCGGCUUCCUUCAACCACUUAAGUCUAAUCCACUUUCCUCUGAGCUGACGAUACCUGCUGCUAUAUCUACUGCUCCUAUUCAGUCUACCUCUCAACUUUCUUCAUCCCUCAGCAUGCAACGUCAGCUUGAGUACACUUGGCGCAUUGAUCUCAGCCGGACACAACCAUUCUGGCAGGACUGGUUCUCGGGAUUAUCUCGCCUCUUUCUUUCCGUUCCUGAGCCAAAACUCUUGCUAUUAGCUGGAGUGGAUCGUUUAGACAAGGAUUUAACGAUUGGGCAAAUGCAGGAUUAUUUGACACAUCUUAUGGAUAUUUCAUUCGGGAAUCAGCAUGAAAAUUGA